AUGUCGAUCCUAAUUAAUAAUAAUAGUGAUAAUGUGUCAGUGGCAGUUUCACGCCUCAGUACAUCACUUGGUACUGCCUGCAGGCUUUCACCCAUAGCAAGCAGUGUAAAUCCCAGUGGCUUAAGUAGGUGUCGUGCGCCCGAACCUGGCGAGGAUUUUAGCUUAAGCUGUGAUGGGAAGGAUGUGGUCCUUCAAAGUCUGAGGCAGUUUUGUGUGUUUAGGGAAGCUAAGAAAGACAGGAAGCCAUGGGUGUGGUGGGAUUCCGUUGCGGAUUUUAAUAUUAGGUCACCAGAAAUGUGGGCACCUAAUAUUAAAAUCCGCAACGGAAUCCCACCACACCCAUGGCUUCCUGUCUUUCUUAGCUUCCCUAAACACACAAAACUGCCUCAGACUUUGAAGGACCACAUCCUUCCCAUCACAGCUUAA